CGAUUUGAGCCAUACGAAAGUGGGUCAAAUGAAUCAGACUCUGCUGACUCGGAUGAUCAAGAAAAUAUAAACAGCCGCUUACAAAACACUGAUUGGUGCACUUGUGGGAAUUGCAUACCAAUGCCAACCGCAACGAAAUCACUAUGUUGUCACGAAGUAGAGAAAAUACACUACCCAUUUGCAGACUUAAAUUCAGAGGUCCAUUGUAUAACGGGCCAUCCUGGUUUUCAACCAGCAUGUUUAAAUACAUAUUUUCUACAGAUAGCAUACUAUCAGUACAAACAACAGUACAGGGAAGACAUUGAAGACUCUUCUGAGAAGUACAGAUACACAGCAUAUCGCCAACUGGCUGGAUGGGCUUGGGGAUAUCUUGGAAGGAAAAUAAGGGUUCCACUACCAUCAUGUGCAGUGAAUCUUAUACGGAACACGUUUCCAAGUGAAUCCGGGCAUUACACAGGAUUUAAACUGGCUAAUUAA